UGCAGCUCUCCUUACACCACCUCUAAGCCAACUCCCCUCCUUUUGCAUUAUCUCCCUGAUGAAUCCAUCUUUUUUUUUGCACUAAUUUCCCGGGCUGAAAUUCCCCCUCUCUGUAACCCUUUCCCUAGCUAAUGCCCCUCUGCCUGUACCCGACCCCCGUCGCUUCACUGCGCCGUUGAAGUCACGGGAUUGAACCUGUUCGGGCUGCGAAGGCGGAACCUUUCUUCAGGGCUGCAGGGGAAGGCAGUCCCAUUUCCCAGCGAGACGGGAACGAUGGCGGCGGUGAGGGUUGCUGCAGCGCGGCAGCUGAGGGUUUUACGGAAGCAGUUGACCCACCCUCAUGGCUUUUCCAAUGGAUCCCGCAGAUCAAUUUGCACAGCAUUUAAGGCCGCUGAUUUGCAGAUUGAACUCACUAAACAGCCCAAGGAGAAGCCUGACAGCAACAAACUGGUGUUUGGCAAGUCGUUCACAGACCACAUGUUAACGGUGGAAUGGGACGCAGAGAAUGGCUGGGGCAAACCCCACAUUAAACCUCUGCAGAACCUGUCAUUUCACCCGGCAUCUUCGGCUCUGCAUUAUUCUAUAGAGCUGUUUGAAGGUAUGAAGGCUUUCCGUGGCGUGGACAACAAGAUUCGCAUGUUCCGACCGGACUUGAACAUGGUGCGGAUGCACCGGUCAGCGAUCAGAACUUGCCUGCCUGAAUUUGACAAGGGGGAGCUGUUGGAAUGUAUUCGGAAACUUAUCGAAGUUGACAGAGAAUGGGUUCCAUAUUCUGAUGCAGCAAGUCUCUAUAUCCGACCCACCUUCGUUGGCACAGAGCCUUCACUUGGGGUGGCUCGAGCCAAUCAUGCCUUGCUCUUCGUUAUCAUUGGGCCCGUUGGACCCUACUUUGCUACUGGAAGCUUCAACCCUGUCUCAUUGCUCGCUGACCCCCAGUUUGUGCGUGCUUGGAAAGGAGGUGUGGGCGACUGCAAGUUGGGAGGUAAUUACGGCCCCACAGUUUAUGUACAGUACGAAGCUCUGAAGCAUGGCUGCCAGCAGGUGCUGUGGCUCUACGGAGACAAGCAUGAGAUCACAGAGGUGGGGACCAUGAACAUCUUCAUCUACUGGAAGAACGAGCAGGGUGAACUGGAAUUGCUCACUCCUCCACUUGAUGGGACGAUCCUUCCGGGUGUCACUAGGCAGAGCUUGCUGGAUCUGGCUCGACAAUGGGGUGAGUUUAAAGUUUCGGAGCGAGGGAUGACAAUGAAUGAGCUGGUCAAAGGACUGCAGGAGAAUCGAAUAAAGGAAAUUUUCGGUUCCGGUACAGCCUGCGUUGUGUGUCCAGUCAGUCGAAUCCUUUAUCUGGGCCAGAACUACCACAUUCCCACCAUGGAGAAUGGCCCUGAGAUAGCUAAAAGAUUCCUGAAAGAAUUGACGGAUAUUCAGUAUGGUCGGAAAUCCAGCGAGUGGACAAAGUUGGUCAUCUGAACAAUGGAAAACAGGUUCCCGUCCACACAGGACUAAGCUAGAAACUACUCUGUCUGCACUGGGGAUACGUUCAAUUUUUUGUGCUGCUUCUCAAGGAAGUAUCUUGGAAACUUUAUUAAUCUUGUACGGUUGUAGGAUUAGUCCAGAAAGUAGAUUCUGCGGUAGUCUCUUAGGUUCUCUGGUCUGCCUUUAAGUUCUUAUCAAGUAGGUUGCUGCUCCUUAUGGGAUGUUCCUGGUUGCAACUUGAAUAGUAGUUGAUAGCAGUGAGUCUCCAAAUGCGGUUGAGACCCAUAGUCCCUGGAAUUGGUUAUUACUUUGACUUGAGAAGCUGAUGAUGUUGGAGGAAGAACCGAAGUGUUUAAUCCUCAGCUCCUGUCGCAAAUGGAAACAGAAAAUGCUCGGAACCUGCAGCAGUAAAAGAUGAAUCGAUGGCCUUGACCUGUGCUGUUGAACUGACCGGUUAACGUAGUCUUUCUAUCAGCUGCUGAGCGUUUUCUGCCCUGUUGAGACAUUACAGUUUCUUAUCUUACUUUUCUCAAAAGGCGUCAACUGGAACUGUCUGAAUCGAAAGGCGGCAGAGCUGGCUGAGCUGCUGUCUCAUGACACCAGAGGUCUGGAUUCAAUCCUGUCAGUGUGUUCUCCCUGUGACCACCUGGGUUUCCUCUGGGUGACCUGGUUUCCCCCCAGCAUCCUAAACAUGUUCGGGUCGGUGGGUUAAUUGCCACAGUGUGUAGAUGAGUGGUAGAAUCUGGAGUGCAGUUCCCAACCUGGGGUCUGCGGUGGACUCCUCGGUUAAUGGUUAGGGGUCAAAGGCAUAAAACAGGUUGGGAACCCCUGAUCUGGAGGGAAGCUGAUGAAAAUAUGAGAAGAAUAAAAAAUUAGAUUAAUAUAGGAGUAGUGUAGUUGGGUGAUUAAAGGUCAGCAUGGACCCAGUGAGCCUGAGAACUUGUUUCCAUGUAUUAUGACACUUUACAAAUCUCUUGGCUCUGCUUGAUCAGAGUCCUAAGUAACUUGGGGAUGGAUGUAGGGGCUCAGGCACUUUGAUGGCCCAUUGUCCCAGCUCUGGUGAGUCGGUCAGCCUGACUGCACUUCACUAAAGUCCCAUUACCUCAAAGAUCAUCAUUGCCAGAAUGUCACUGUGACAAUUUUUUUUUAAAUAUAUAUUCAUUUACGGGAUGUGGACAUUGCAGCAUCAACUCCCCUGAACAAUGUUGCUCGUUAGGUCAUUUCUAAGUCAGCCACAUUGCUACAGGCUGGAGUCCCACACAAACUAGGCUGGCUAAUGGUGAACAGAUUCCCUUCCCCAAAGGUUGCUAGUGAACCAGAUCAGUUUCUACAAUAAUCCAUUGGCUAUGUGGUCAUCACUGCAAAGUAUUUCAAUUCCUCCUAGUGGGAUUUGAACUUGGGUCCCUGUCAGGUUGGUCCAGAUCUCUGUUUUACCAGUCCAGGUCAAUUGUUCUAAUCAAUGUGUUACAUUUUUUGGCUGUCUGAAUGCACAAGACGAAGUCACGUAUAUUUUGAAUGGUUCAAAAUCGGAACAAAUCAGUGUUUAUACGCACAAUGGAAGUAUUGCUGCAUUAUAUGGUAGUUUUUCUUUUUUAAUUUAUUGCAUUUGUUUUAAUACUUAACAUUUGCAUAUAUUUGUGACUUGUGGCAGUGCUAACGGUUUAUCAUUCAACUUAAAGGUGCAAGGAGAUUGACACUACAUCUCUCAUUGAUUUCUGUUGUGAAUUUUUUCCUCAAAACGGUUUCCAUUGUACUGAAGACCUCGUCCUCCUGUGCACAGUGAACAAAUUUAAAGUUGCAGCCUGUAAUAACAAUGAUAUCUCUGUUUUCGGGACUGGUGCAGUGACUGCUCCAAGGAGGGAGGAGAGGGGAAUAAGGAAAACGCACACGAGCGGCUGGGAAUCCGUGCAGUCAGUGCUGAAGGAGGCCAACAAGGAUGGCAUGAAAGGAUACAUGGUCAAUGUGGAGUCUUCUCCCAGUCUAGAACCUGGACCUUCCUGCGACAAAGCCACUUUCAGUACUUUCUCUGUUUGUGUUGUCGUCCAUUGAUUGAGAAGAAUAGGACUGAGGUCACACUGCCCCAACUGACCAGUUACUAAGACAGUGCUUCAUAAUGUAAUGCAGCCAACUCCAUCCAGAAGCUUUGUAUCAAAUAAACUCUUAAGAUUACCCUUCAACCUCAUUCUGUGGUG